UGAGAACGGGCGGUUCAUCCACAACGCCGCCACAUCCUUCUCCUUCUUCCUGAACAAGACGCGCAGGUCGAUGCUACCACCGCUCAUCAAUGCGUUCGAGCUGUACUCUGUCAUCCGGAUGGAUAACCUCUUCACUGACUCCAACGACGUCGAUUACAUGAAGGAAGUCAAAGAUCACUACAAUUUGGCACAAAUACACUGGAAUGGUGAUCCAUGCUCCCCGAGAGAAUAUUCCUGGAAAGGACUGACUUGCAAAUACCCAGAGAGCAACCAGAGUAAAAUUAUUGCAGUGUAAGAACAAAACCCGGGCCUGUAUCAUAUACACUUUGAAAUCUAAACACUGCAGUUCAGUCUUUUUAAACUUUGAAGCGCAUAAAAUGUUUAUAUGUAUAUACUAAGAGAC